GCGCGCCCCUGUGCUAAAAACUAAUCACCUGGCUGCCCCAGUCCUCCAGGCGCACCACAGGCUAUGGACUCCCGCGCUGGGAACACCGCAGACCCUAGAGGGAGCAGAGGAGGAGGUGGCCUACCUGGGUCCGGGGGCCCCCGCGCUCGGCAGCUCCUGGAGCGUCUGGACGCGCGCCCCCUGGCGGCCAGAGCUGCAGCGGACUUGUCAGCGUUGGUACGAAAGGCGGGUACUACAUUGCGCCUGCGCCACAAGGAGGCUGUUAGCAGCCUGGAUUCUGCAGAUAUAGAAGUCACAGACAGCCGUUUGCCUCAUGCCACUCUUGUGGGACGUCAAUCCCAGCAUCGAAGGCCUGAGACUCUGGUGACAGGUAUGGAGCAACCUCCAGUAACCCAGAAUAAAGCAAGCUAUGCUUUGAAACUACCACAAGCCACUGGUCGAUUUUCCGUGGAGCUGAUCCGAGGUCCUGCAGGCUUUGGUUUCACUUUAAAAGGGGGACGAGGUGUAUCUGGGGAUGCUCCACUGGCUGUGCAUGGACUGCUGAAGGAUGGGCCAGCACAGCGAUGUGGUCGUUUGCAGGCUGGUGACCUCGUGCUCCAUAUUAAUGGAGAGUCAACACAGGGCCUAACUCAUGCCCAGGUGGUGGAGCGGAUACGCACUGGAGGCCCCCGACUUUGCCUGGUACUCCGCCGGCCUCAAGAGAUGGAUGUCAGUAGGAUUGAGGAGGUUGCAGGCCAUCAAAAGAGAGAUUGCAGCCCAGAUCCUCGGAGAAGCAGGAUGACGAAGUCCCGCAGCACCAUUUCCCCAGUUCAUCACCCGUCCAAGACCCGGCCCAGUUUGGAAUCUAGUCCAGAGGCAGUGGCUGUUGGCCACGUGGUUCCCUCAGUGGAGCACCCCACAGAAGACUUGGACGACCGUAUCCCUGGUACCCCUGGGCCCUGGCUGGUGCCCAGUGAAGACCGUCUUUCACAGGCUCUAGGGGUUCGGGGCGGGGGCGCGCAGCUCGCUCAAGAGAUGGCUGCUGGAAGGCGGAGGCACUGAGCUCCAACAGACAGCUUUGUGUUCACUUAGUGAAGGUCUACCUGGUUUUAGCAUGCCCGGACGGCCAGGCACUAGCUUUUUCCUUAAGCUUUAAUCUGGUCUAGUACCCUCCCAUUGCUCACUGCUCAGGGGACUGGUCCCCACCCCUUCAUGAAGCCAGUGACACGGCCCUCCAGGAGCCCAGAGCGCUCGCACCCCCAACCCCCCCCACCCCCCCGCGCGCCUAGGAUUCUCCUAGUUCCUUCCCGGUCGGGAGGUAAUAAAAUAGCUGGAUCCA